AUGUUUAACGAUGAAACAAAGGAGAAGCAACAAGCCGGUGUGGAUUUUUCAGCUGCUGGUGAAGAUUCCUUUUCUAAUCUUUAUGAAUUACCGUUAAAUCGAAUAAAGAGGAUUAUGCAGAAUAACUCGGAGGAGGUACACAUUUCAAACGAAGGAUUAUUUGCGAUGUCGAAGGCAGCGGAAUUAUUUAUCAGUCGUUUGUCGCAAGAAGCCUAUCAAAUAAAUAAUAUGCCAAAAGUUCUCGAUUAUUCGCAUUUAGCGAAUUAUGUGCAGAAUUGCAGCGAACUGAAUUAUCUUCAUGGCGAUUUUUUAGAUAUGAUUCCUCGAAUGGUAAAAUUGAAGGAUGUAAUGCAUUUACUACCAACGGAAGAUGAAAUAAACAUGAGCUAA